UUGACAGCUGAUUUACGUGGCCGAUGAUCACAUAAUUUUUGCUUGUUUUUGCAGUAUUAAAAUAUUCGCACUGCAUUUAGAAGCUCAUACAUGGGUUAAUUUGUAAUAAAACAUACCUUCUAAAUAUCGUACAAAUCCACUCCAUUAUGGGUCUUUGUAAGUGUCCGAAACGUCGAGUUACAAAUCAGUUUUGCUUCGAACAUAGAGUGAAUGUUUGUGAAUAUUGUAUGGUGACGAACCACCCAAAGUGCAUCAUACAGUCUUACCUGCAAUGGUUACAAGACAGCGACUAUAACCCCAUAUGUGAGAUUUGCACAAAAAGUUUGAGUGAAGGAGAGUGUAUUCGUUUGACUUGCUAUCAUGUAUUCCAUUGGUCCUGUGCGGAAGCGCGGUACCGGGCGCUGCCUCGCACAACGGCGCCCGCCGGCUACCAAUGCCCGUCGUGCGCGUCGCCUGUAUUCCCGCCCCCAAACCUAGUGUCUCCUGUAGCUGAUGUGCUAAGAGAAAAACUGGCCGGAGUAAACUGGGCCAGGGCUGGUCUCGGACUGCCAUUGUUGUCUGAGGAUCAAGACAUGAAAGGUGCAACUAGCAGACGAAGCCAAUCUCCGCUAGAACAUACUCAGUACUAUUCCAGCACUGUUGACAGUCAAAGAGGCACGCCAGUUGGGGCCAGUGAUGACGAAUCUACGAAUAGAUCAGCAAAUAGCACUCCACAUUCCAUUGUCCAAAUCCCUGAUGACCCUGUCAAUAUCUAUGAUAACACUUCUUUGAAGAGGACUGACAGUUUACAAGGUGGUCAAGCUCCCAGAAAAUCAUUUAAGUCAUUGGACCACCCCAAACCCUCCUUGAACUAUGACCAUGAUGAAAAUAAAUACAAGCAAAAGUCAACAUUUGCCUGGAUAAGCAGAUGGUGGAAGAACACGCUUCCUAAUUCACGUGUACGUCGCGCCGGAGGUAUCUACAGACGUUACUGGAUCCUACUUUUUGUUCUGAUCGCAGUGAUUGUUGUGUUAGUACUCCUCAGUCAAAGAGAUGUUAACGAUGAAAGCCCAUUUGCUUUCAAAGACGAAGACCGAAGAAUACUUCAGAAAAACUAAUAUAGGUUGCAAUCACAGGUAUAUUUAUGAAAUCAAGCAAUUUUUAAGUAGGUACCUAUUAGGCAUAUUGUAUUUUAUUAAUUUAUAAUUUGAGAUACUAUUGAAUCACCUUAGUGUAAAAAUGUAAAAGUUAAUACAUUUCUAAAAGGACAGUUUUUAUGGAAAUUGUUACAUACUAAAAUCAAAUAAUUUUGUUGAUAA